AUAAACAGGAGGCUGUCAUGCUUUUGAAGGAUGGAAUUGACUUGAUAAACGAUUCAGAGAAAGUUCUCUCAAACUUACUAUGUUAUCCUUUUAAUGAAACCUUGACGAGUCCUGAAGGAAAAUCAUUAUUGGAUGAUGGGCUUCAUGAAGUGGCCGAUAGUUUGCUAGCUGCGUAUUCUAGUGGUGAGCUCUUCGCUGCACUUGAUGAAGGCCAACCUGGGUGGCAAAAAUGGGUAAAGAGCUUUGGUAAAGCACUGGAGCGGAAGGGAAAGUCUCUGUUCAUGCCCCUUAGGGUACUACUAACAGGAAAGCUUCAUGGGCCUGAUAUGGGAUCUAGUAUUGUUUUGCUCUACAAAGCUGGUAAUUCGGGAGCCGUUGCAUCUCAUGUUGGGUUUAUAUCAUUGGAUGAAAGAUUUAAAGUGAUCAGAGAAGUUGAUUGGGAAUCCUUCAGCAAAGAUCCCCCUAUCCAUGAGUCUGCUGCCGGAGCUAGCAUUCAUUGACACAGGUGGGGCCUAGGGCUUAAAGCCCUCGAGGCAAUACCCUAACCGCUCAAAGCUACAAGCCUGCAAAUAACAUUAUUUUAAUUUUUCUAAUAGUCAGUGCUUUCUUUCUCAAUUAGAAUAGUACCUUACAAUCUUUUAGGAGAGCAUUCCGGUCGAAGUAAGCUGAAUUCUGGUUCAGGCUUGGCUUUUUUAUUAACCCGUCCACAGUGUGGACUGGGGUAGGGAUGGGUUGUCUGUGACAGAUAAAAUUUCUGUGAAGGACAGACAUGUGUACAAUUUUGUGUACAUCUAGCAAAACUCAGAAAUAGAAUCAGGCACCUGUUUUUUCGGUUCCAGACUAGAGUUGGUAUCCUGAACUGGUCCAUGCUGGUUUCAGUUCCUCUAAAGGAUCUUACAGGUUCCCGUUCCUUUUUUUUGUGUGUGGAAAAUACUAAAAAAAAACGGGCCGGAACAGGUUUACCUGAUUAAGGUUCUGGUUCUCCUCUUUACCUUACCCGGAACCAGAACUGGUCUACGUCCAUGCCUGGUCCACAGCUUGGUCCCUUCCCUAUGGCCAUGAGAAAAAUACGAUCGUACACAUUUAAGAUGACUAUUUUUCUGAUAAUCAAAUUAUUAGUCCUCCCAGCUUGCACUUUUGUUAUUGAUGGCAUUGGCUUCAAUAAUCAGUUAUAACUCCUCCCCUAAUUGGCAGGAAGCCUCUAAACUAAGCAUGAUUAGUGUGCAAUUGACAUUCAAGGACUCAAGGUACUUUUGGAAGUGAUAUACCUUAUAGGGCUUGUACACAUACCAACGCUAGUUCUGUAGCAAUUUUAAUGAUCAGGGCUGCAAACAUAUACAUACAUUAUACAUGCAUACACAUUUGCAAUAAACAUGCCCUCGAAUGGGUGGUGCUGGCACUGGCUUGCCCCCUCGUUCCCCUAAUUCCGCCCUUACCUUGCAAAGUGGUGCAUGACUGCAUAAGCCAUGAG